CCUUCCACCUCUCUGUCAUCUAGCGCACCCUUUUUGGAGCAUUUCCCUUCAUGUGGCUACUGCUAUCUGCGCCUCUAAAGACUUUUUCAGUGUUAUAGAGGAUGCCCGUUCGACUCCGCAUUGCUAGUAUUGAGUCUUUGUUCAAUACAAGCAUGUGCUCUAUUGUGCCCUCUGUCCCAGCCAUCAUUUUUCAUUCACUGUUCACCAGUCACACUUUACUCCAGCCUUCUUUAAGAUCUAAUAACAUGGCUGGCUGAGUGUUCUGCAACCUGACUCACUAGACUCUCAGAUUUAGAUCAUUCUCAUGCCCUAGACAAUCCUCUUACAUUCUCUUUCCCAUUCUAUCACUGGGGAACUUUGCACCGUCUUUGCUAAUAUUUUUGAUCUAUUUCUGAGCUAAGCUUCUUACAAGUUUGGUCUUUGCUCUUCAUCUGAAAGGGUUCUGCCAAUUAAUCAAUGAAUAUGGCUUCAGAGGCCUAUCCUACUAAGGGUCACCUGCAGGGAUCAGCACAAGGGGACAUAUUACCUGGACAGGCCUACAAUACAAUGGCUGUUCCUCCCAAUCAGGCUCCUCAGAGUCCCUAUGGGCCUCGAGACUAUGCUUUCCCGACGCAGGGACGAUCAUUCAAUCCCGCGCUUCAUCAGUUUCCGAGUCCUCAUCCUGACCUCCGGCAACAAUUUCCAGCAACUCACAUUGAGCGGCUUCCCUCUGGACAGCUGGUACCAGUCGGCAGUCAGCCGUUUAGCACAGAAAUCGGACCGCAUCCUGAUAGGUGGCAGCGCUCACACUUCCAGCAUCCUUCCACGCAUCUUGUUCGCUCUCAGUUUCAUGGUCAUUCGCGGUAUACCCGGCCCUCGAUUCCCGCUGGGCCCGGAUAUUCCUAUGCCAAUGCACCCAGGACUCGUUUUGGGGAUCAGCAGACAGAUCCUAGACGGAGAUAUCAAAUGCAGAUGAAUUACUUGGACUCACUAGCUGUUCCGGUUAUUCAGAGCCUCCAUUCUCUUACUCCUGAGCUACAGUCAAAGGAGAGUCUGAGAACUCGCCUAGUUAAGAUUGCUCGAGAGGCAAUUUCUGUCCGAGCUGCACAAUGUGGUGUUUCUAUCGGACCCGAUGCCAUAGAUCUCAAAUGUUUCGGCAGCCUACGCAAUGGAUUUGGUCUUCCCGGUGCCGAUAUGGACUUGGCAAUGACUACACGUCCUUCGAAUCUUCCCAAAGAGAUCGAAGAUGAAUGCCCCCGUAUUCUCGAGAAGGCAUUCCUGGAUGCCGGCUUCGGUGCUCGGUUGAUAGGGAAAACCAGGGUCCCGAUCAUCAAGCUUUGCGAGAAACCGUCCCAGGAACUUCUGGAUGUGCUCAAGGAGGAGCGGAAAGCUUGGGAAGUCAAGCAGUUGGCCAGCGACACGACAGAAAGCUUUUCUGGAAAAGAGACUCGUACUUCCUCAGAGUCAGAAAAUCCGGACCGUUCGAAAACUGACGACCGUGUUAUUGAGAAACCGUCUGUCAGCGUUGACUUCCCUGGUUCCGACACAGGGAUCCAUUGUGAUAUCAAUUUUUCCGGGAGCCUUGCAAUCUACAAUUCGGAACUUCUGCGUUGCUACUCGCUUUGUGAUGAGCGCGUUCGCCUCUUGGGCAUCUUUAUCAAGAAGUGGGCCAAAGCUCGAAAGAUCAAUAGUGCCUACCACGGGACCCUCUGUUCCUAUGGAUACAUCCUGAUGGUUAUCCACUAUUUGAUUAAUGUCGCUCAGCCUCCAGUGAUACCCAACCUUCAGAUAGACUAUCGUCCUCCUGCAUCUGGCCGCAAGAGUACCACUACAGUAUCCGGAUAUGACGUACGAUUUUUCAACGAUGAGGAAGCCAUCAGAAGUAUGGCACGGACCAGGGGGUUCUCUCGCAAUAAUCAGUCUAUUGGUGAACUGAUACGCGGUUUUUUCGCUUAUUACGGAGCCUCAGGUCCCAACGCUCCUCUCGGUGGUUUCGACUGGAUCAAUGGAGUCAUCUCCAUACGUACCAGAGGUGGUAUCCUCACUAAGUCCGAUAAAGGCUGGACUUCACUCCAUGUGGACGAUAACGGCACUCGCCACAGAUACCUUUUGGCCAUCGAAGACCCGUUCGAAGUCGACUACAAUGUGGCCAGGACAGUUGUCCGUGAUGGCGUCCAUGCUAUUAGGGAUGAAUUCCGCCGGGCAAAUAAUAUAAUCUACAGCAUUCAGGAGAUACCCGGCGCUGGUUGGCAAUGGCGCACAGAAGAAGGUGCCAUAGGUGAAGAUUUCUUCGCCGAAGCAGAAGAUCGGCUGCAUUUACAGCGAACCCGCCAACUCAGAACCCUCUCAGGCCCAUCUAAUGAGAUUUCGGAAGAUCCUACCGAAGAGAAACAGCGGGGUGCACCUACAACUGCAAGGUCUGUGCCAGGUCAGAACCUCGGCGAAAAUGACGUUCCAGCACAUGGGCCGACAACCACGCUGGCAUACCGACCUAGGGCGAAAGGAAGCAAUAGUCAGAACAAAGGCGGCUCCAUAGAUUCGAACCGGGAUGGGAGGCCUACAUUUCAUCCGCAUCAGGAUAAAACGCAGCCUCUAGCAGCCAACGCAAAUAGCAGCAACCCCAACAUUGGAACUUCAACUCAAAUCGCAUCCGGCAACUUACAGGAUAGGGUUCCAAAACCUCGCGCAUUUCGGGCUGAUGAGCGUACAGAUAACAGAGAAUUAUCAUCGAAAGGCAAAAGCAUAUGCAAUGUCAAUCCUUUGAUUCGUCGUCCAGUUUCCGAAGUGACACGCAAACAAGAGGAGAUGGGUAAAUUGUUUGCACGGGAUGCCGCUACUGCAGCCGGAAAGAUGAAUUCCAUGUUGGAGAACCAGAAAGCUUAUGCUUUAAGUGUUUCAAAUCAACCUAAAAGCCUACAUACACCCUCGGACCACCCACUUGUGGGUAGUAAGACCGUUGCGGUGCCUUCAGGCUCAGAGUAUGUUAAUGAUUCCGAGACCCGGGACAAAGAACAGCUAGAUAACAUUACCCCUAUGGAAAAAGAAACGAUACGUCCUGCAAUACUCGACACCCGUGAUACGGCAUUCUCAGAUAGCGACUCUGCCACCGUUCACACCCAUCUUUCUGGUAGUUCAGACGCUAUUUCGAUUCCUUCAGUCGCCAUUUCUAAACCGUCCCCUCGUGCCGCCUCCUCGGAUAGCUCUCAAUUGAGCACUGGUGACUCGAGUCGGGUUCCAGGUCAGCGCGGUUUAUGUGUCGAUCCAAAGCAAUUAUAUGAGAUGUAUUCGAUACACACCGGGAAGCAGAAGGCUGGUGGGGUAAGACCUCAGAUCCCCUUUCCUCAUAACCCUGGAUCUACCGAGGACGACUAUGAUCAGGACAAGCCUCGUGUUCCGUAUGACGAACUGCUGCGAAACCUGCCAUUCAAUCAGUUCGUCACACCUUCCAGUAACCUCUGACUCUGUCCAGUGAUUGCAUAAAUAGAGAGGCGGAUCACAGCUCUCAGAUCACCCUUUCCAGAUUACGCUUAUGACAGGACAUUACUCUAUAUUGAUCCUUCUCUAUGUCCAUUAUUGUUCUGGGUGCUUAUCAAAUAGCCGCGGUUUGUCUUUAUGGGUCAUGGCUUUUUAUUUCAGGCCUAAUCUUUUUUUCGGUGCCUUUUGAGUCCUUGCUGUCGCGCAGAACCUGUAUCCAUCGGGGAAAGUACAUCUAGGUUAGCUCAAGCAUAAGCGACGACAAAAUUCGUGUUCAUGUUACUCAGCUGUCAUUUCCUAGCUAAGAGGCCUUUAGUGCCAUAUCCAAUCUAUACGUUCAAUAGCCG